GCCAAAGCCUGGGCCACGUAUCAGGACUUCGUGGCUAUGCGUUGCUUGCGACUGCUUUAGAUCUACUCAGAUAUUGUGUGUUUCUUAUCAAUAUUGUUUUAUAAGUCCAAGAUGAGUAUAUAGGGUGGUCUAAAGUCAGUUAACCAAGAUAUAUUUAUUUUUAAGAAUGGUUAAAAUUGGUUUGGGACACUUACAAAGAAGCUGUUUCAAACUACUUAAUUAAUAAAGUUGAUAGAGACCGUUUAAUAUUAAAAGUUAUAAAAUUGAUUACAACAAUUUUAGAUCCGACCUGGGCUUCUGUAAAUAGAGGGCUACUGAUUUGCGACGAAUGUUGUAGCGUGCACCGUAGUCUUGGAAGGCACAUCUCUCAAGUCAAGAGUUUGAAGAAAGGAGCCUGGAGUCCCUCUCAAUUGGCUAUGGUUCACACACUGUAUAGUAGCGGUGCCAAUUCUAUAUGGGAAUACACACUCCUCGAUCCCGCUAACGUUAAGAGCGGGAGACGUAAACCUAAUCCCAAAGAUCCCGUACAUCCUUUAAAAGCUGAUUUCAUCCGUGCCAAGUAUCAAAAUAUGGCUUUUGUAUAUAGACCGAGUAGAGACGAAAGUCCCCAGUUAGACGAUAUAAAUAAGCAACUACAUUCGAGUGUAAGGACACCAAAUGUCGAAACCACGUUAAGGUUAUUAUCAUUAGGUGCUAAUCCCAAUUAUAAGCAUCCGGACAAAAAAAAUUCUCCACUUCACAUGGCGGCUAAGUGCGGACAGUCUUCCCAAAUUGAAUUACUGAUAGUUUACGGUGCUGAUGCCGCCGCUACUGACGAAGAUGGCAAAACGCCUGUCGACUAUGCUAGAGAUGCCGGCCAUCAUGAUUUGGCCAAUAAGUUAGUCGAAUUUCAGUUUGAAUUAACGGACAGGCUGGCUUACUAUCUUUGCGGUCGGAAACCAGAUCAUCAGUUUGGUCAACAUUUUAUUAUUCCUGAAAUGGCCGACAGUUUAGACUUAUCCGAAUUAGCGCACGCAGCUAAAAAGAAAUUACAAGCGUUACCAAAUAACCUUUUUGAAGAGUUAGCAAAAGACGUUUAUGACGAAGUUGACAGAAGAGAAACAGAUGCAAUUUGGCUUUCGACACAGAAUCAAAGUGCAUUAGUAACCGACAGGCAAACAGUUCCUUUCCUUCCAGUCAAUCCCGAAUUUUCUUCUACAAGAAACCAAGGUCGACAAAAAUUGGCAAGGUUCAACGCGAGAGAAUUUGCAACAUUAAUUAUAGAUAUACUAAGUGAAGUUAAACGUCGACAGCAGGGUUUACCUUCGACUAGCAACUAUAAUCCCAAGGAAAAAAAUGUAGAGCAAAGAGGAAGGGAGAGAAAUGCAAAGAAAGACAAUGGGGAUACAAAAGGAAACGUAAGUGACGAUGAACCGUUAUACGAUAGUGUAGCUUCAGACGAAGAAAUUGCAGACGAAAAGGUUUCGGCAGAAACUAAAGAGAAAAACGGAAAUGAUCGGUCAGAAGUAAGUAUGUUGCAGAGCGUAACAUCUUCCGAUCUCUCAGAUGGCCCGAUAACAUUAGAGGAGUAUCUAGUUGUGAAAAAGCAGUUGGCGACUUCGGAAGCGCAUGUACAUCAUCUCAUGCAAAACAACAAAGAUAUGAAACAAGAGAUAUCGCUGUUACAGAAUAUGAUACAAAAACUAAUGCAAGAAAAUUCACAUUUGAGAUCAUUUGUUCAAUAUGGCAGUUUCGACACUCACCAAUCCAACUUGCCAAACGGAUACGAAGUUCAAACGGGGCAUUCACACCCGGCGAGUAACCCGCCCACCGCCGCAAAUGAAGUCGUGUCGGUCAGAUCGCCUCGGGGUUCUCCCCGGUCAAGUCAGAGACCCCAGUCUAUGUAUGAACCGAGAGAAAGACAACAGUUUCAACACCACUUGUGGAAUGCCAAUUUUUCAUACAACAGUUCGAUUUCAGGAAGCAACAUUCCUCGAGAUGAUAGCGGAAUUGGCCACAUACAUUCUAGUCAUUCGUCGAGAAAUAGCGGUGAUUACGAUAAUACAAUACCUCCUAUUAAUAGUAACAGUCCGUGUCUCCAAAGUCGAAGUGGAUCUCUCAGUCCUCCGUUUGAGAUUUCGAACGCCAUGACUCAUUACGACUCGUUAUUACAACAAAAAGUGACGGAAAAAUUACCAACGCAAGAUGAAGUCAUUCGUAAAACCGAACAGAUUACAAAGAAAAUACAAGAAUUAUUGAUUUCUGCUCAAGAGGGAAAGCAAGAAAGUUUCAUUCCGUGUUCGGAGAAAGUUUACCGGGCGGUGUUGGAAAUGGCAAGCAUUUUCCCUCAGAAUAUAAAAGAAGAAAAUAUUCACGUAGCAUUAAAGCAGUUAAUUGGAAGUGCCUUUCGACUGCAGGCCGAGUGCAAGAGUUUGUUAUGCAAGCACCAUCCGCCAAUAGACCACCGAUUUAUCACCCAGCAGGUAAUACAGUGUGCCUACGACAUUGCCAAAGCAGCCAAACAGCUCGUUACGCUUUUCCAGUGAAGAACCGAAUCGCAGACAAAACUUUUAUACGAGUUAUUUUUCAAAUUGCCAAAAAUUUGGAAUUUUACCGACUGGCCAAGAGCGGAAGCCAUUCUGGAUCCAACGUUCUCCGAUGCGUAACGUCGACGUUAUGGAACCUAUUUUGCUUCCCAUCGAUGCGCGUUGCCCUCGUUUACAUUUAUUUAUAAGACAAGAAAAAAAAAAAAAAGGCAAAAAUUCAAAUCUGCUUUAAGGAAAUUUGUGUACAUUAUACAUUUUUUUU